AUGCUCAUUGAUCAUCUAGUCGCACGAUCCGAAAGCGAAGGCCAUGUAGUUUUAUCGUCCACAGCAUCUGUCACCAACGAUGGCACCCGUCAACCGGAGACCCCCUCGCCUGCGUAUGGCUUCCGGACCGAACCCAACCGCCACGGCCGCACAUCGAGCUAUCCUAUCAGCGCCUCACACGCAACAACAUCAGCCGACCCCGCAGGGGAUGCCAUCAGCUCCAGCUACGAUCUGCGGACCGAUGUGCGAAGUCUGCUCGCCUCGCGCCCGAGCCUGCCCUCACACCCAAGUCACGACGAACGCGGCUCCCUCCAGCCGGGGCGCCCGUCAUCUCGCCCGCACAGGACGAUCCUCGACAUGCUGCCGCCAGAAUCAGACGCCGCGUUCCUCGUCGAGACGCUCCUCUCCUUUGUCGGGGUCUCACAGCAGUUCUUCGAUCCUCGGGACGUGCUGGACCAGGUCGACCAGCUCUACGAGAAUCCCGACAAGCUGAAGCAGGACUCGAUCCUGCGCUUCUGCGAAACCAUUCUGGUGCUUGCCGUGGGCAUCCAGUUUGCAGUCAAGUCAACAGAGCGGAAGAAGAACCCCGGGAUCGAGCUUUUUGACUUUGCCAUGGGCUCUCUGCCGAGCGUGUCGACCUGGCGCGCAACGAGCACGCCGAUCAUGGGCAUCCUCGGCCUGGCGGCUGUCUACCUGCAGAACCUCGACCGAAAAGACGACGCAUACUUCUACGUCAGUACCGCCCGAGACCGGAAGAUGGCGCCCCCCGAACUAACACGCAGCAGUCAAGCACAGCGUUGCGGUUGGCGAUAUCCUGCCGCCUGCAUAAGAAGGCCCAUACGCGACGUCAGCUGCAGUCGGAAUGGGUCAAGUCGAACAGACUCUGGUGGACGAUCUACAUGCAAGACAGCAGCAGCGACAGAAAGCCCUUUGGGCAUCGAGGACGACGCGAUCACGAUCGAGGCGCCGUUUCCGUCAUUCGGCUUCCAGUCGCCUGAUGCCAUCAACAUCAAUGUCAGCCUGGCUCGCGUCAGCGGCCAGAUCUACUCCACAAUCUAUGGCUGCCACAUGAUUCGACAGGAUGCGUUCGUGAUCCGCGUGCAGGCUGUGAUGCGAUCCCUCCACAAGAUUGCCCGCAGCAUGCCCUCCGAGUUCUCGCUGGACUUCGGGGCGCCUGUUCUGAAAGUGACCAGAACGGCAGCAUCACUACACUUGAUGCUCUACCAGCCCUUGAUGUACGCUGCGCGACCGCUGCUGCUCAGAGCGGCAAAAGGUGUCAUCGGUCACCAGACGCAGAGCAGUGGCUUGGACGAGCCCCUGCUGCAGUCUCUCAUCAAGCCGUGCCUGGCCGCUGCUCGUCGAAGCCUCAUGAUUCUAACGGCCAUGCAGAACCAGGGCAUCCUUGCGAUGUACGGCUUCUUCGACCUGGACGCCAUCUUCUCCGCAGCCUUCAGCGUCAUCCUCGACAGCGUCAUGAACACGCACGCCAGGACAGCCAACUCGACCUGGCUCAACAGCGCGUGCCAUCUGCUCCUCGUCAUGGGGGAGUGCGGCAACGCUGCCGCCGCAUCACGCAGGGUUGAGAUCCUGCGCAUAUGCGAGCACCUCUCGCUGCCCUUUGAGCCCGACGAGCACAACAGGUCGAUCCCGGGCGACGGCACCAAGGCCGCCGACGCCGUCAACCGCGUCGACGACGUCGCCGCCACGCUGACAUCCCUGCGCCAGGGGAACCUGCCUCCGUACAGCACGGCGCCGCCGUCCUCCGAGUUCUCCGGGGCGGCGCAGACAAUCGGCAUGGCCGGGCUCACAGACGACACGGUCAGUCCGUUUGCCCAGCUCGAGGACAUGUUUGACAUCCAGGCGUUCCUCGGAUCGGAUGAGCAGCCGAGCGGCGAGGCGCAGUUGUCGGAGCAUGUGGCGGCGGCUGACGGCGCGACGAUCGAUGAUGGCGAUUUCUCCUGGCUGUACCAAGAUUCUGAUUUCGCGUUGACGGGCGCGGACAUGACGGACUGGGAGGUGUUUGGGCGGUAUCUCAAUCUUUCGUAA